UUGCCAAAGACGACGGAAAGAUCCCGACGACCACGAGAAACCCCAAUUGUACCGUAACCAACUAAACAGACAAAGCAAAGCAAAGCAAAGCAAAGCAAAGCAAAGAUGGACUUUUUGAGAUCGUUAGGAAUGGAAGAUUUGCCCGAGCAGCAGACUCGGACGAUGCAUUUGAUGGCUCGUCAUCCGGAAUUUUCGCUCCAGUUGGGCUUUGACGCAUGUUGCGCUUGUGGUGAACAAUUCACGUCGUCAACCAUUGUGGACUGUCCUCAAUGUCAACGAGUCAGUUAUUGCAGUGAAGCCUGUCGCAAGCAAGAUGCCGAUGCUGGAAUGUCAUGUUCGGGAGAAGAAGAAGAAAGUGCCAUGGGACAUUCGUCGAUUAUCUGUACGCUAUUGCGAUUGUGCAACCACGAUGAAGCCGUCAAUGAGGAAACCAAAGACGACAAGACCACGCAGAGUCAACUGGAAAAAGAUACAACUGCCAAGGAAGCUGCCAUGGAUCGAGUGAGAAGUGAAUUUGAGUCUUAUCCUGCCACUUUGGCCAAUGUCAUUCUCCAGGGACCGUUGUAUAGCAUCCACAACCAGCACAAGAAUCUGGUAAUUCAUAUUAUUGGGGCGUCGCAGGAUGCUGAAUUUUGGGAUAGUCCCUGCAUGAUGAAGCAGCAACAGAAUGUAUGGAAUGCAUAUGCCGAUGCUUUGGCAGAACUGGCAGAAACCAAACGGUUGGAUACCAUUGAAUUGCUCUUCGUAGGACCGGAAUGUCCCAAACAGAAUGUUCAAGAAACACGAAAACUGAAAUCGGCCGAGGGCGGCACUGUAGGAGAUUUAAUGGUCAAGAGCUACCACAGUGAAUACACCACAGAAUUGCUCCAGCAAGAGCAACUCUCCAAGGCAGAUAUCGUCGUCUUUCACAAUCCAGGAUUCACAUGUCCCGAUUAUGAUUGGACCAAUGCCUUGGCGGCAAUUCCAAAGGGGACUCCCUUUCUCUUGACCACCAACACGGAGCUGGAAGGAAUUGCCGAUUGUCAGUACUUGUUGGAUAAUGAUCUCAUUCAACAAGUUCCUCCCAUGCUGGCAGAAAUCUUUGGGGAUGAACAAGUGCCAUCGGCCAAUCCGGAUGACGAAAAGGGACCAUUUUUCAAUGAAAAUCCCUUUUGUGGCAACCGGGUGCGGCAGAGUGGAACCAUGGCCAAUGACUUGUUUGUCAAGAAUCGAUGGAUGCUCGGUGGUGUUUUGGCUAGUAAAUCACAGCAGCCGCCCAACAAACGACUUGUCACGGAGUCGUCUCGUGGAAAUAGCAAAGCGAAGAAUCCUGCUCUGAUAUAAUAUAAUGAACGCCAUGGCAAGGUACUACAAGCAAGCAAAACAAGUAGUAAUAGCAUGCUCUUCCUGGCUAGCUAGUAGGAUCGGCUCUUCCUCUUUAAUAAAGUAGAUAGCAACAACAUUUGUCACUGAGUCUACGAUCAGCACUAGCUACAGUAGUAGAAGCUUCAGGACAGACGUCUACCAAGCAGUUGGGGUGAUGUUUAUUCGAGAUUAAAUACAAAUUGUUCAGUUAUGAUUAUUAUAAGCUAAAUGAAUGUUCUACCG